AUGUCAUAUACCGGAUCAAAAGAUGAUAAAGAAGGUGGUGAAUCAAGCGUUAAAACUAAAGAAGAACUGCACAAAAUGGUCACAGAGAACAUUCACGAUUUUUUGAAUGUGUACUAUCGCUUUCGGCUCUACGUUCAAAAAUCAGGAGAGCUCUCCCUUUCAAUAAGGGGAGAAGAUAUCAAUGUAUUUGUUGAGGGACUUUACAAAUUUCGUCUAAUCCCUCCAAAAAAGGAGCAUUUGGAGAACACAGAAAUUGUAAUGGAAAAUGCACCUUACUACAGAGAGUUUCUACCAGAACUGAAGAGCCUAAUCCAUGACUAUGAUCUCAAGAAGAACCUAGUCCAAUCAACGGAGAACUACGAAGAUUUUACAAAAUUCAAUUAUGUGGCAGCAAGUACAAAUGCGAUGAUCAAACGUAUUCUUCUUGACCAUGCUAAACAACGUGAUCGUGAUCAUUUUAUCAAGGAACAGAUCUACAAUCUUAUUUCUUCUGCCUGCAAUUGCAAUGCUGAUUGCUUAUGGCAAUCGUAUGAGAAUCUUAUGCAUAUCACGGAAUUAGUUGAUGAUUUGAAAGGUAGAGAUGAGCAGACAAGAGAAAAAGCGUUCGGGCCCCUGUAUGUGAUGUCUAAAGACGAAAUGGAAAAACGACUGAAAAAAAAUACUAAACGAACAUUUUUGAGUUCGAUGCGUCGGGAUAUUGCUGCUUACGACUAUGAGGACAGUGAUGAGCCAAUUCUUGUAAACGAAAAUACUGACAAUGUGCCCAUUCCUAGUAUUGAUGUUGCAAAAGGACGUGGAUUGUGGGCAUCUCAUUCGAGAACCUAUCCCGAUUGGCCAAGUGACGCAAAAAAAGAGACUUCUGAGGAGGGACCCUCUAAGAAGUCGAAAACUUUCUCAACUUCAAACAAAAAGGAGCAAAAUGCUAAUGAAGUGGUGGUGGAAAUUGUUGAAGUCAGUGUUGAUAAAAAUGCAGUUAAGAAAGCUACCAUUACUAGGGUUGACUCAAAAACUAGUGAUAAAACUCAGGAUGGGAUGCAAUCAAAAAACAACAAGAAAGGAAAUGGAUAA